CGCGCGAUGUUCUUGCUUGGUUGGCUGGCUGUGCAUCGUUCGCAUCCCCUCUCCCUUUUCGCUUGCGCGCUAUUCCUUGCUUUUCUUGCCCAGUUAGCUGCCCAAUUACCCAGAUCCCACCAACCCAUGGAGCGCGCGCCCAGCCGAGCAAAGGCCUCCAAUAUUCUGCGCCCCGCCAGCCGCGCCCAGGGCGCAGCCGACAGCCAGCCGCUUUCCAACACAUUCAUGGGCGCAAACGCGCUCCAAAACCCAAAUUACACCCCCAAUUACACCCCCAAUUACACCUCCAAUUACACUCCCGGCUCAGCCACGCCGCAGCAGCAGCCGCGCGUGCUGCCGGGUGGCGCCCGCCUGCUGGGCCCCGGCCUGGCCGGGAUGCCUGGCAUGCAGCCCAGCGCCUACCAGCUGCCGCUCGCGCCGCCCGGGCUUCUACGCCGGCCGCCGUCAUCGGCGCAGUUCGGCGCCCAGCAGAUGGACACUGCAGGCUUUGGCGCGCUCGACCAGCAGCAGCAGCAGCAGCAGGCGCCGCCGCCGCCUCUGAGCGCCGGUGCCAAUGGCCGCGCCCGGAUGGGCUCGUACUACGACGCACCCGACAGCUCGGCGCUAGCCGUGCCGCGCUCAGCCAGCCGCGCCGACCUCGGCUGCAUGCCUCUGCAGCAGCACCAGCAGCUGCCGCAGCGGUCGGUGUCGCGCUCCGGGUUCCCGGGCGGCGGCAUGUGGGGCAGCCCGAUGGGCAUGGCGCCGUUCUUCGGCGGCGGCUUUGGGUCGCUCGGCGGCGACAUGGUCAACCCGGCAUCGCCGCAGGCCAUGCAGCAGCAGCAGCAGCACAUGCACAUGCAAAUGAUGAUGAUGGGCGCGGGCGCAGGCAGCCGCCCUGGAAGCUCGCUGCAGGCUGCGCGGCCCGCCACGUCGACCGGCUUCCGCACGCAGCCCCCCGACCCUGAGGCCCCGCUGGUCGUCAACGUUGCGCGCGGCGGCGCCCGCGUCAUCGGCCCCAAGCGUGCGCCCACUGACAUGCCGCAGCCGGCCUACCUCAACGCCAUCCCGCAGUCGCCAUCGUCGGCGCUCGGCGCCCUGAUUCCCGAGCCGUCGCUGUUCUCGCGCGACCACUUGCCGUCAGCGCUCUCCAGCAACUCCGACUUGGCUCACAGUCGCGCCAGCAGCGCAAUGCAGCCGCCGCCGCCGCCCUCCGAGGAGAACAUGGAGGCUGCUGAGGCGCGCGUCAGCCGCAAGCUCCAGGACCUGGAGAUCUCCAACCGGUCGCUGUUGGCCGUCAACUCGCAGCUCGAGGCCCGCGUCAAGUCGCAGCGCGAAGAGAUCAGCGACCUCAAGAAGCAGAUCCAGCUGAAAGCGACCUUUGCGCCCGACGCGCUCCCAGACACUGAAAUCUCAGACGAGGAUGCCAAGUCUGCUCUCGAGUACCGGUCUACCAUCGCUGCGGGCAAGGUUAUCAGCGCAGCCGAGCUGAACGAAGACGGAUCUCAGCUCACUGUCGGCAAAAACUCGGAACAACGUAUCGACCCAUCGAACGAAACCGAAACCGACGAUGAGAACGACGACAACGACAAUGAAGAUGAAGACAAGGAUGAUGACGCCGCGGAUAAACCGGGCCUGCCGACCGAAUCUGCCGUCUCGGAAUCUCAGGGCGCGAGUGUCGACACUGCAGCGGACUCGAAUAAUGACCCCGAGGUUGAGAGCGCAAAAAUACAGGAGGCCCGGGAGCUGAUCGCUCGCCUGAUGGUGUUGGCCUUAUCCUCGCCCGAACCACCCUCGCCAGCACAGUUCACUGACAAGCCUAACUCGCGCAUUCCCAGACGCACCAUUGGAGGACCCGCAUCCCCUUCUGCUGCUGCUUCAACUUCUGCCUCUGCCUCUGCUGCAUCAGCUGCUAGGCCGCCCAGCGCAAUGAAGGGUGGUCUCCGCACUCCCAUCAAAGCCCCCGGAACGCGUAUUAGCAGUUUCGGUGUGGCUUCGGAGAACUCGCCUGUGCGUUCGCUGGUUGUGAGCCCGACGCCAUCUGGAAGAGUCAGCACUGGGAUUGCCGAGAAAGAGCAGAUACUGGAUAUUUGUCGCAAGCUGCAACAAAUUCUCUAACAUUUUUUUUUCUAUCUAUCUAUCUAUCUUUCCUUUAUUUGGUAUAUUGGGAUAUAACUGCAAACCAACAAUAUUAAUGUUAAUCAAAUAUCAAUCAUUUAUUUAUAUAUAUAUUAAAUUAUUUUACAAACAAAAGUCACCAUCAUCCGCUUGCUUCGCCCGCUGAUUACUCGGACUGCUAGUCGGGAAAUACCAACCCAAAUUAUUCAAGGUGCAGAGUGGCGCGAUACAUGGCGUCUGCUGACCCAGUUACAGCAGACAUACAGGGUUAUCUUUUCCGUAUGUAUUUUGCA